AUGUGAAUUUUCUUAAGGAAAAAUAACUUGGAUUCUAUGCGGGAGAAACAUCAAUUGUCUUUUUCAGAAUCAAGCCGAAGGUAUUCUAUUCUCUUUUACUACAAUGAUUAAAAUAGCAAAUUUAUUUUUUUCUCCACUUAAAACAUGACAGUCAGUAUACAAUCCUCUGUUAUCCACCUCAACUGGCCACAAAAUAUGCCACAACCAUCUCUCAUCUGUCGCCGAGUUGCAGUGAUCGGAGCAGGCGCCGCCGGUCUUGUGGCCGCGCGUGAGCUUCGCAAGGAAGGCCACAUAGCAGUAGUCUUUGAGAAAGAUGACCAAAUCGGUGGCACCUGGGUCUACACUCCCCGGAUAGAAUCCGACCUCCUCGGGAUUAACCCGAGCCGAGCCAUUAUCCACAGCAGCAUCUACGAAUCCCUGCGCACCAACCUGCCGAGAGAGUUAAUGGGCUUCAUGGAUUUCCCGUUUCUAAGCCGACAGAGUGAUGGGAGAGACCCGAGAAGGUUUCCGAGUCAUAGAGAAGUGUUAUUGUAUUUGCAAGAGUUUGCUAAAGAGUUUAAAAUUGAAGAAAUGGUGAGGUUUAAUUGUGAAGUGGUUAAUAUGGAGAUGGUUGACGAUAAUGGGAAAUGGAAAGUGAAGUCCAAAAAUAAAAACAAGAGACUUGAGAGUGAUGAUAAUUAUGGAGAUGAUAAUGGUUUUCUUGAAGAGGUUUAUGAUGCUGUUGUUGUUUGUAAUGGGCAUUAUACGGAACCUCGUAUUGCUGAAAUUCCUGGCAUCAAUGUAUGGCCUGGAAAGCAAAUACACAGCCACAACUAUCGUACACCUGAGCCCUUCAGGGAUCAGGUUAUUGUUAUAAUAGGCAAUGCCAAUAGCACUGCUGAUUUAUCCGUUGAGAUUGCUGGAGUUGCCAAGGAGGUACACAUUGUAUCUAGAUCAGUUCCUGAUGAAACUAACAAAAGACAGCCCGGAUAUGAUAAUAUCUGGCUUCAUUCUAUGAUAAAAGGUUCCCAUGAAGAUGGUACUAUAGUUUUUCGAGAUGGCAGUGUUAUCCUUGCAGAUAUAAUUCUGCAUUGCACAGGGUACAAGUAUCACUUCCCUUUUCUUGAAACUCGUGGCAUUGUGACUGUGGAUGACAAUCGUCUGGGACCACUGUACAAGCAUGUUUUUCCCCCUGUCUUGGCCCCAUGGCUUUCAUUUGUUGGGAUACCAUGGAAGGUCAUCCCUUUCCCACAAUUCGAGUUUCAGAGCAAGUGGAUUGCUGGUGUUCUGUCGGGGAGGAUUUUGCUUCCAUCGCAAGAGGAGAUGAUGGAAGAUGUCAAUGCCUUCUACUCAACACUCGAAGCUUCUGAUAUGCCUAAGCGAUAUACUCACAACAUGAGAAAAUAUCAGCAUUUGCUUUAUGUAGACAGUUUGAACUUGUUUCAUACAAUAAAAGAUGCUGGAGGCAGGCAUUGCCACCCAAAGAAGAUACUAAGGCACAACCAAUCACCUUUGCAGUUUGAGUACAACAAUUGGCUUGCUGCUCAGUGCCAAUGUCCAGGCGUUGAAGAAUGGAGAAGACAAAUGUACCGCUUAACCGGCGAAAACAAGAUUAUCCGUCCUAAUACAUACCGCGACGAAUGGGAAGAUGACCAUUUAAUCUUGGAAGCUUACGAGGACUUCAAAAAAUAUACCUGAACUGAAUCUUUAAGGAAAAGGAGAUUAAAUGAUUCUCUACAUAAUAAGCAGAAAGGAGUCACUUCGUAUAUUGAAUGUGGCAAACUCCAAAUUCAUCUUUAGUUGCUGAAUAAUCAUGUUAAAGACUUGAAGAUUAUUGUACUUAAUUUGUCUUCUUGUGCUGCAUAGUGAUUGCUUGUCCGCGAGACAUGGUUUGCUUUUUCUUAA